AUGCGCAAGCCAGGCUUUGUUAGUCCCAUUUUCGAAAAGAGUAAAUGCAACAAAAUCCCUGCUGUUACUCGUACCUUCGAUACGAACGGUCGUUGUUUCCCACGAUUUCUGUCCCCCUUCGUCACCAUCAAAGGCAGAGACAAGGACAAGGACAAAGAGGAAGACGCCCCGUCUUUCCCCUCCGCCCCUCUAGCUCCAACACCCCGAGCUGCCCGGGCAGCUCGCCUUCAAGACGUCGUCCUCAAAGAAGAGAAAGCUCUUGCGAAAGGACGAGCCCUCGACGACGAUCCCGCCUUCUCCUUCUCCGCCUCCGUGGCCGAUACUCAACCUGCCUCGAGCCUCCCCCCACGUCUCCAGACUCAGAACAGCUCCUUUGCCUCGGCCGACUACGCUUUAUCAGCUGCUUCAAGCCCUUGUGCUUCCGCCUACGCCGACCUCUCCAUCGAAAGUGAUCGUGGCGGCGACGAGACUGGCUCGGCCCGAACCUUGGCCAGAAGCCAGUCCCCCUUGCGUCUCUCUCAUCGAGCUAUCAUGAACGGCGAUGCUGACCUACCUCACCGUUCCUCAUCGCCUUUGAAACGACGUGCUUCCAGUAUGGAUCCCGAGAACGAAGCGGAUAAAACCCGGGAUGUCGACAUGGGUUCAUCACAGGUUAAGGAGUCUGUCGAGGGCCCAUCUCAACCAUCAUCUGCAGACACCUUGCCUCGAGCCAUGAGUGUCGAUGCGCCUGAGUCUGCCGUGCCCUCGGCAGGCGAUGCCUCCCCGUCUCAACCAAUCCCCUCGUUGCAAGAACAAAUUAAGAUCAUUGAGACUCUUUUGACAGCCUUUCAAGAUUCACAGCCAAAGGAAGGGGAAAAGGCCUACCUUGUAUCGAAUACUUGGGUCCAGAAAGCACUUGCGUUGCGCGGCGACUCAAAGGACGCCCAUGAGCACGAUUCUACAUCAAACCCCCUUGGACCUGUAGACAACUCGGACAUCAUUGAAGAAAUUGUCAAAGAGCCUACUGGCAAUGAAUUCAUUCGUCUUAAACAAGGAACCAACGAGAAUGAGUUCACACUCUUCCCUGAGGAUGCUUGGAAGAUGGUUGUAGAUUGGUAUGGUGUAAAGGAUGGCCAAGGCGCUAUUGUUCGGACUGCUAUCAACACAACCGACCACGGCGACGAACCUGUCAUCCAGUUCGAGUUCCACCCUCCAGUUUUUGCAGUUCAUCGCCUGUGGUCAACUCUGAGUCCACUGCCUAUUGAGCAGUCACUCAAAGCCAAGAACCCCCCUCCUUACAAAUUCGCCAGAAGCCGUAAAUACCAUGCUCAAACUUUUGUCAAGGAGUUGAAGACGGCCACUGGCGUUCCGAUUGACCGAAAGAUUCGUCUAUUCACCGUGCCCGAGGUCCAGCAGAUCGUCGCUCCCUCAGAACCGUCCCGAGCACUCACCCCUCCGGAUUCUCCAGGCCGAGACGAGAGCAGAGUCGAGACUGCGGAUUCUUGGUCAAAACUUCUCUUGGAUAUCACAUCAUUCGAGCGUGUUCGUGACACCAAGAUCCAAAGUACCCUGGAAGACAAGACCACCCAACCGAACUUUAACGGUGGAUCGGCGUUGUCUCUUUUUAAUCUGGUCACCGACCAAACCCUUGUUAUUGAUGAGGCGAUCGAAAAGGGAUCCUGGGUCAGCACAUACACCGGAAAGAGCCCACCGAACGGGUUGGCCAUCCCUACCAGAAGCGGCAUAGCAUCUUCCAAUGUGAGCGGCCGAAGCAGUCCUGCUCCUGGUGGUGCGCUGACACGCGGACGAAUGGGAGGGAAAUCCGGCCGUAGCAUUGGUGUUGUUGGCCUUCAGAACCUGGGAAAUACUUGCUACAUGAACUCGGCCCUCCAAUGCGUUCGGAGCGUUGAGGAGUUAACAAAGUACUUCCUGACGGAUGAGUUUGUCGAAGAGGUCAACAAGACCAACCCCCUAGGAUACAACGGAAAGGUUGCUACGACGUAUGGACAAUUACUCAAGGAGAUUUACUCGGAAAAUAGGGGUUCUGUGACUCCACGAGAUUUCAAGAACACCAUUGGUCGGUGCCGGUCAACCUUCUCUGGCUACGGUCAACAGGACUCUCAAGAAUUCCUUGGAUUUCUGUUGGAUGCCCUCCAAGAAGAUCUAAGCCGUGUCAAGAAGAAGCCUUAUAUUGAGAAGCCGGACUCCACCGACGACAUGAUUAACAAUCCAGAAGCUAUAAAGGAGAUGGCUGACAAGGUGUGGGAUAUCACUCGACGCCGAGACGACUCUGUCAUCGCCGAUCUCUUCACGGGUUUGUACAAAUCGACACUUAAAUGCCCCGAGUGUGGCAAGAUCAGUAUCACAUUCGACCCUUUCAACAACUUGACACUCCCCAUACCUGUGGAAGACGUUUGGACGGCCAAGAUCAAAUUCCUGCCCCUCAAUGAUGCCCCAGUCAUGAUCGAGGUUGAACUACCUAAACACAGCGCUAUUGAGCAGCUCAAGCAAUUUAUCUCCAUCCGGACGGAUAUUCCACCGGAAAGAUUGAUUGGUGGCGAAGAGUACAAGGAUAGGUUUUUCAAAAUCUAUGAUAACACCAACGAUGUCAGCGAAGAGAUCAGUAAGAAUGAUAUCGCCACGUUCCACGAGUUGGAUGCCACUCCUACUAAUUGGCCACACAAGGCCAAGAAGCCUCGCUCAAUGUUAGAUGUGGACACUCCUCUUGAAACUGAGAAUUGGGAUGAUCCGCGAUAUGAGCAGAUGGUAGUACCUGUAUUCCACCGCAUUCCGUCAAAUUAUGCACGUGGUCGAGAGGGUGUGGCUCCUCCCAGCUUCAUUUGCUUUACGAAGGAGGAAGCUUCUGAUAUCGACCUCAUUCGACGCAAGGUCCUGGAAAAGGUCGCUACCUUUUCAACCUGGCCCAAGCUGAGAGACGUUACAGAAGAAACCUCAGACAAUGCCGACGGGGAAGUUAUUACUUCGGCUUCAGAUGCCGACUCGUCAGGCGACAGUAAGGUUGUCGCCACCUCGGUUGAAAGUGAGGACGAUAUCGUGGAUGUGCACAUGAAGGAUGACAGUGACCGUCUUCCUCAUCAGCCCCAGAUCUUGAAGCGGUUCAACACAAACCGACCAAAGUUCAUCAAGCCAGAUAGCUUCCUGGACCCCGAGCUUGAAAACCUUUUCGAGCUUUGCUAUUUCACAGACAAAUCUUACGCUGGCCAUGUGCCUACAGGCUGGUCCAAUGUUGAUCACCAUCAACUUCUGCCCAAACUGGCAGAUCGAAUCCCUCAGCCUACACCUGAGGGUGAUGAUGCUGCUAGUCGUGAUGACGAAAGCAGCACACCUUCAGUCAACGAGGAUGCGAGUAGCACCGAUGAGAGCAUUAAGGCUGAGGUAGCACAUACCCGAAUGGCCGAGGAAUCUAGCGAAGAAGACGCACAAGAAGCUCCACGCAAAUUCAACGGCCGGCCAUCCAAGAUAGGGCCUCAUGGACGACGUGGCAAGAUGAAAGGCCAGAAAUACGGCAAGAAGGCCAACAAGCGCCGAGAACGCAUUCAGAACAAGAAAAACAAGGCAGCUUCUGUUAAGCCGCAGCCACAACCUCCCGCUGUCGCUGACGGUGGCCCUCUUAUUCGCCUUGGCGAAGGUCUUGUCGUGGAUUGGAACGAUGAAGCCUGGGAUAAGGUCUUUGGUGGCUCGAAGACGUCUGAAGAGCAAGGAGCCCCCACUUACCUGACACUCGAGACACUCAACGAUACGGCCCUCAAGAUUGUUCAAAGAAGGAGGAAGCAUCGCCGUACCCAAGGUAUUACAUUGGAUGAAUGCUUGGACGAAUUCGAAAGAGCCGAGGUCCUCUCCGAGCAAGAUAUGUGGUACUGUCCCCGCUGCAAAGAGCAUCGACGAGCCAGUAAGAAGUUUGAUUUAUGGAAAUCACCAGAUAUUCUUGUAGCCCAUCUCAAGCGAUUUAGUAGCUCCGGCUACCGCCGAGAUAAGCUAGACGUCAUGGUUGAUUUCCCCAUCGAAGGUCUUGACCUUACUUCCAGGGUCAUCCAGAAAGAAGAUGGCAAGGACGAGAUUUAUGACUUGAUCGCUGUCGAUGACCACUAUGGAGGUCUUGGGGGAGGCCAUUACACUGCCUAUGCCAAGAACUUUGUUGAUGGGCGCUGGUACAAUUACAACGAUUCUUCAGCAUCUCCAGUAUCUGACCCUGCUUCAUGCAUUACAUCGGCUGCUUAUCUACUCUUCUACCGCCGCCGUUCAAGCACCCCUUUGGGAGGAUCGCGGUUCGGAGUCAUCUCUGAGAAGUAUAGGAACAGCGAAGAGAACUCCGAAGUGGAAGACGCCGAGGCGGGGGAAGGUCAGCGUCUCGGCGAGGGUUCCUCCCUGGUUGGGUUGUCGAGCGUUGGGAUCGCAGCCGCAGCAACUCGCCUUCCGACCGGCCGUGGUUCGGAUAAAAUCACUGGUACUUCCUACCCUGGUCCAGAUGAAGAUGGUGACGGCCCCCCACCAUAUGGGGGUGUCGAGGAUGAAGGUGUCGAUGUCAAGGAGGGAUAUCAACAGCUGAGCAGCGGACACCUUGCUCAGAGUUGGAAUUUCGGGGCACUAGGCGAUAGCGGCGCCGAGGACUCUACAGGUGCAGACAUUGCCUCUGACGAUGCUCAGUUGGACUCAUCAGCGGACGAGCGUGGCUUCAGCCAAUUCGAUGAGCCCGAUAUGGGACACGAUCUCAUGGAUGUUGACCAUGUAACUUCAACAUCCCACAAGACGACUCUCGCAGAUAUUGAGAAAGCUACUGGUGACCACAAAUCUGUGAUUGACGUACCAACUGCAGCAGGUAGCGAUCGAGAUUCAAGCGAAGUGGCCGAAAUUCAUCUUGAAAACGAGAAGGGAACGAAGGCCGAAUAG